AUGGUUCCUCAAAAUACCUCCAUUAUAACAAGCGCGGGUGCAACUGUGGCCGCGUCAUUACUUUUUGGUUCGCAACUCGUAGACCCGAGUUCGCAUACGCCUUACACCGACGCCACAAACUGCAAGAAAUCAUCGAACCACGUCAAAAGGCCGAUGAAUGCCUUCAUGGUCUGGUCACAGAUCGAACGGCGAAAGAUUUCAGAAGUGCAGCCUGAUAUGCACAAUGCCGAAAUUAGCAAACGGUUAGGUCGUGAGUGGAAAUUACUGAAUGAAAUCGACCGCAAACCUUUCGUUGACGAAGCCGAGCGUCUUCGGCUACUACACAUGCAGGAAUACCCGGAUUAUAAAUACCGACCACGAAAGAAGGCUAAAGCCGGCGGCGGGAAAAGCGAUGGCACCAGCAGUGGAGGAGCAGGUGUCAAAGCAUCGAAGAUUUCAUGUAAAAGUCAAAAAGGAGAAAAAGCAAAACAAAAAUUAGGCGGAACCGCAAACAAUGGCAUCGUCAAAUCUUCUACACUAAACACGAACUCUGUCAAUACAGCCAAUAGGCUGAAAUUAAAACUGACCAUUGAUAAAAAAUUUAAAGAGAGUAUCAAGGCUAGUAAGAGUGUGGCCGUACCCGCCAGCCAACUGACCCCACCGGCUAAGGUUCCGUCCAGUCCUUCCAUUUAUACACCUUCAACACCAGAGACGGUGAGUUUCUACCCAGAGGAGGUUUUCGAAACUCCAGCCGCUUCUCCACAAGAACAGACCACGUAUAAAGUGAUUCAGGGUUUACCUGUCGGUGGGGCCGGCGCUGGUAUCGUCGGGGCCUCGAAUAUAGUCGGCGGUAUCACAGUCGGCUCUGGUGCCAGCAGUUUGGUCGGAAUUAGUGCAGUUGAAGGUAAAGUUUUCCAUCAGCAAAUUACCUUACCGCUGACCACAGCUGGCACGACGACGACGACGACGACAACGACGCAGUUGACUACGAAUCACCCUGUAGUUGUAGCUGACCAUCAGGUAGACAAUGCACCUCUGGCCGAUUUGGAUAACCUGACCGAUGUGCUGCAACUGCCCAGCAACUGGCAGCUGGAGUUAGGUAACCUCGAUCUAAGCAAACUGGCUGACGCUGACUUCAAUUUGGACGUUCAGAGUCAGGUCAACUCCAAUGGCUCGCAUUUCGAGUUUCCCGACUAUUCAACACCGGAAGUAACAGAAAUGAUUGAAUCGGACUGGCUGGAGACAGGCAUCACACCUCUUAUUUGUUAA